UGUGCUUCAGCAGCCUUAUAUUCAUCGCGCUCUGUGGAGAAAAAGCAUCCGUGUCACUUCUGUCUUUCCUUCCAGCACCAGUGAUGAAACAAAACUAACAUAGGCUUCAGUCAGCUGUGCAGAUACCAAAAAAAAAAAAGCCUUCAAGUAAAAUUUAAAAUGCAAUUCUAGCUUAUUUGACCAAGGACCUCUUCCAGCUGGAGCUUCUGAGACGUUUCAACUGCUGGGGAUUUAUGGUUCAGAGCAAUGCUGUCAUCAUUGCACUUAUCUCUGUCUGACUUCUGUUUCUUUCACUGCUCCCCACAUAUUCUCAGAUUUCUGACACAGCGGCAAGGGCACUUACCUCGUACCCUGUUACAGAUGCAGCAUUUUUAUUAUAUCUGUGUAUUAAUGCCUGUGUAUCUGCAUUUUAAAAGUGACUUCCUCUUGCAGCCUGGCUUCUUAGUAAAAGCAUGUAGCAGCAGUCCUAAACAAAUGCUACGUACAGAUGGCUGCAUAUCUUAAAUACUUGACCUUCCCCCACGCAUGCUUCUUGUUUCUGUUCAGUUUGGUGGCCAACUGCUCUCUGCUCAGUCUGAGCAAUUGUUUAUGUUAAGACACUGUAUGAAAGAAAUUAUUAGCUUGCAUCAGCUGUAUGUGCUUGAUAACUGCUAACCGUGCAUUCUCACUCCUCGAUGGAUGUUCUCAAAGCAGUUUAAGCAAGAAAGGUAUCUGAAAUUGUAUAUGAUCCGUGGUGUUUUCCUGAGAGGAGGGAGUUGGGGCUUGGAGCCCCUUUCAAAAGAAGGAAAUUUUACCUUAUCUUGUAUUUUCUUGAGGAGUUCAGUUAGUGUGCUUUUUUUUUUUUUUCUGCUUGUGUUAAGGAAUCUAAGAGGCACACUUGAUGUGUGAUCUCACCAUUAUGUAUUUAAUCACCACUGAUUAAAGGUAGGGAGGCAUCCAUCUCCUGGAUACGUUCAUCUUUUGUGGGCUUUUUCAGACAGAAAUAGAAGUGGAAAUCUGUUGUGCAGGCAUUUGACUUCUAAGCUUGAACCAAGUGGCUGAGCUUAUAUUCCUCUUAGGUUGGGUGCUGAAGCAUUGAGCUAAACACCUACAUUCUGACCAUGAUUUUAGAUGCAGAAAUUAGGUCAGAGUUCACAAUAUUUAUUAGAUACAGCAUUUGUUCAUAACUGUUUCCAAAGUAACUUGUCCUGUAAGAUAUGGAUCGUGCUAAAAUCUAUCAGUUUUUUGAGUUCUGCAACAUGGGGUGUAAUAGGGUAUCUCUAAUACAGCAUCUCGUCUGUAUUAAUCUCUUGUAGUAGGUUUCACAAAUAUAUUCACAAAUAUAUCUUCAGUACUACAACCUACCAUUAAAAAUUGCCACUAAAAUUAUUUUAUUUUUCUUUGAAGAUAGCAGCAUGCACAUUUUUACAGAGAAUACUUCCUUCCCCCUGGUCAGUGUUAAAUUGUCCUCUUUUGCAACUUUAGAGACUAUAUGGGAACACUUUUUAAAAACACAUUGCUUUUCCUUUUGUCAGAACAGAAACUUGUUUGUAAAUAUGCGACUUAAAUCUUAUCCAUUAAACUGUGACAAAAUUCUUUACAUGCUUAGCAGUGUGACAAACAAGUUUUUGCCUGUGUUAACCAGCUCAACUGAAAGAUUAUUUCAUUUUGCUGUAAUAUGUUCUUUGGUACUUCAUUUUAUGCGCAGUUGUUUAGAGGAUUUAUUUUUAUUUGCACUUAGAAAUGCAGAUUAGUUUGUCUCACUUGCUCUUCUUCUUAGUGCGUGAGUGGAAGAGGUGCAAGGGAUCAACCCAAGAGACUGCCAAAGGGGACCUUCAAGGAACAAAAAGAGAUGUUAACUUCAAGGGCAAAACCUGCAAACAAAAUAGUGUCUCACACCAAGGGGAAUGAUAACAGAGAAGUCAGUACUUUGUCUAUCAGUGCGCAAGCAAUAUAUGUAGUUUGCAAUAUGUGAAAAGGAGCUUAUGCUUCUUUUUAUACAUAUAAGGGGCAAUUAUAUGCUUUAGAGUAAUCCUGGAUCUCUGCUUGCCCAGCCAUCAUCAGAAGGAAGCGUUGCAGAUACUGCAGCGGAUGUGGUAUUUUAAAAGAGAGUUAAAAGGUGCCUUGCGAAGCCGCUCUGCCUGAGGCUGGAGCACCACUCAGCCCAGCCUGCCCUGAAGAAACCUGAGUGCAUCAAAGGUGCGAAGUCAAAGAUUAAAGCGUACCCAAAUCCUCUGCUUGUAAACCGCUCAGCAGCAAGGCCGUGUGUGGAGGAGCGGCGCCGCCGGGCGCAGCCGCUGGCCCUGAGCCGCGCCGCCGGUAGGUGAGGGCGGCCAGCCGGGACGUGCGGCGGAGACAGCCCCGCGGGAGGGGACCCCCGGUGGUGGCCGGCGCCUGCCCCCCUCUGGCCCCCGGCCUCGGCCCGGCCCGGCCCGGCCCGGCGGCCCCCCGGAGUUGGCAGCGCGGCGGAGCAGGCCCCGGGAGCCCAGCGUGCGGAGGGGAUCGGCGGUGCUCCGGCUGAGGUCUGUGAGCCUUUUGUACCUCAGUACCUAGAGACUUACUGCAGAAGACUGUGUAUUUUCUAAAGGAGAACCCAUCGAGGAUGGCCGCUCCUCCAUCAACUCCUUUUUUACUAAAUUGCUCUUCUAGACUAUUGUGUGAAACAGCGGUGGGGCGUGAAGCAUAACCUUUCUUAUACACAGUGUUUUUUAUAGAAGAGAAUCGAACAAAUACUUAUAAAACUUAAAAAAAAAAAAUUGUCUAACCUCUCCAGUCUUAAUUUUGUAGUACUACGUGCAAAAUGGGUCACGGUUUUUCCCGUUGGAGACUGAAGAAUUAACUUCUUACCGAAAGGAAUGCAAAACCUGGUGUGCCGGAGGUAAUCGAGAUCACUUCAGAUUGUUUUUGCUUUUUUUUUUUCUAUAAACCAGCAGGAAAAUGCACGCUCGAGACUUUAAUUAAUUAAAGUUGUGGUGUUUAGCGAUGGAAAGCCCGCAAACAAACUUCCCGCUAGGUCUGGUUUCAGACCAGAAGAGGACGGGGAUGCAGGAGGACGGGAGUCCCCCGUUCAAAAAAGUAAUGACAGAAAUGCACGUAAAUAGCCAAGUGCGAGUCGUAAUAAAUAAAUUGCCAGCAAUAAAGAAGGAAAACUUGGACGAAUACGAUGAAACUCCUAUGGAGGCUGAUGGGGAAAAUGCCAAGCCAAACAGUACUUCAAUCUCUGAGCCUUUGAAUUUAAAUCCAGGUUUGAAACACACGUUGGCACAGUUCCACUUGAGCAGCCAGAGCUCCCUGGGUGGACCGGCGGCUUUUUCAGCUCGCUAUUCCCAGGAAAGUAUGUCUCCCACCGUCUUCCUGCCUCUUCCGUCGCCACAAAUCCUGUCUGGUCCGCUGCUCAUUCCUCCAGACAGUUCCACCGAGCUCACUCAGACUGUACUGGAGGGGGAAUCCAUCUCUUGCUUCAAAGUCGGAGGGGAAAAAAGACUUUGCCUGCCUCAAGUGUUGAAUUCGGUUCUCCGCGACUUUUCUUUGCAACAGAUUAAUACCGUGUGCGAUGAACUGUAUAUAUACUGCUCAAGGUGCACUUCUGACCAGCUUCAUAUUCUCAAGGUUUUGGGAAUUCUUCCGUUCAACGCUCCCUCCUGUGGGCUAAUUACACUGACUGAUGCUCAGAGACUAUGCAAUGCUUUACUACGCCCUCGCACUUUUCCCCAAAAUGGCAGUUUUCUCCCCGGUAAGAACACCUUGGCCCAACUGAAAGAGACUGGCAGUGCCUUUGAAGUAGAGCAUGAAUGCCUGGGCAAGUGCCAGGGUUUGUUUGCACCUCAGUUCUACCUUGCGCCGGACGACCCCUGUAUCCAGUGUCUGGAGUGCUACGGGAUGUUUUCGCCCCAGACAUUCGUGAUGCACUCACAUAGAUCCCCUGACAAGAGGACCUGCCACUGGGGGUUUGAGUCAGCCAAGUGGCACUGCUACCUUCACAUUAACCAAAAAUACUUAGGGACGUCAGAGGAGCAGGAGCUGAAGCAUCUCUUGGAGGAAAUGAAGGAGAAAUUUAGUGAGAAAAACCAGAAGAGAAGUCGGUCCAAAGUGGAUUCACAGCAGAGCCUAGAGUUAUCCCAGUGGUAUCCCGUUAUAAAGCAAGAAGCAGAAACUGAACCUCAGCCACCCUCCUUUUUCCAUCCCAGUUACUACCUUUAUAUGUGUGAUAAAGUGGUUGCCCCAAACGUAUCCCUUGCAUCACAAUACAAGGACGUUGCAAAAACAGCAGUCAAAGCUUCAGAAGUAAUUAAAUCUUCACCUGGACAGUCAGAGAAAAAGCUCAGUAGCGGAAAGCACAAAAAAGUUGCCUCCUAUCCAGAGCUUUCUCUUGAAGAACAGGAAAAAAUUGACUUGAAAACUGGCAUGGAACAGCAUAAACGUUUAGAUCCACCUGUGUCAACUCAGUCUGCAAGAGGUGGAAAAUCCGAGCGCAUUUCUACCAAAAGCACUAGAGACUCUAAACGUGUUGAAGUAGGUCAUGUGAGAACCUUGUCCCCCACUCUCAUGAAAGACAUCAGCUGUGAAGAUGACAAGGGAAGGAUCAUGGAAGAAGUAAUGAAAACCUACAUCAAACAGCAAGAAAAACUAAAUACUAUUUUGCGGAGGAAACAGCAGCUUCAAAUGGAAGUGGAAAUGUUAAGCAACUCUAAAGCUAUGAAGGAGCUAACUGAAGAACAGCAGAAUUUACAAAAAGAACUUGAAUCUUUACAAACUGAGCAUGCUCAAAGAAUGGAAGAAUUUUAUUUUGAACAGAGGGACUUGGAGAAGAAACUGGACCAAGUGAUGAAGCAAAAAUGUACCUGUGACACCAAUUUAGAAAAAGACAAAGAAGCGGAAUAUGCUGCACAGCUAGCAGAAUUGAGACAGAGAUUGGAUCAUGCAGAGGCAGAUAGACAAGAGCUUCAAGAUGAACUGAGGCAAGAACGAGAGGCAAGGGAAAAGUUAGAGAUGAUGAUAAAAGAAUUGAAGCUACAGAUUUUGAAAUCUUCAAAAAAUGGAAAAGGAAAAUAGAAAUUCAAAGAGGAAGCAUGACUGUGUCUUUCAAACAGGGUGUUUUGUUUUUUAUCGAAUUGUAAGCUGUUUCUGUGUGAUAAGAGAAAGUAUUCUCUACAGAUUUCUAUUUGCCAGACAAGUCCAGAUGAAGAUAUACAUAUAUAUAUAAAUAAAUAAAUAGAUAGGUAUACAUUUUUAGAUUUUCCUAACUAAUGAAAAUCUGCAUUUAUUUGUACUGCUGUUUCUCAAACUAUGAAAAAAAAGAAACUUACGAUUCAGAGUGACCAGUUUCUGUUUAUUUCUAAUGCAGUCUUGAGGACCCUAUACCUUUUAACAUUGUCUGUUAAAAUAUAUUUGGUGAUCUUUAUUUUAGCAUCAGUUAUAAAAAAUUAAAAAAUUAAAAAUUCUGAUUUCUUCAAGGCCAAGAAUAGUUUGGGUUUCAGUGAGAAUUUUGUGUUUUCUAAUUGGAGAAAGUAAAGGCAGCUUUUUAUCUGUAAGGUAAUACCCAAAAUCACCGUGAAAAUAGAUGGAUGAUUAUCAGAAGUGAUUUGCCAACAUGAGUUUUUCCCAUAAUUUUGUUACGUGAAAUCAAGCUGAUCUUUUCAGUAUGUGCUAUUUAACAAUUCAUUCACUCUAAAGCAUUUUACAGUAAUCAUUUGGUUACCAUGCUAGAAGAAGAAAACAACAGGCUUUUUUUCGUAAAUUAAAAAAAUAGAAUCAAAAAUGAAAUCUUCUAAAAUAUAAAAAUCACAUUUUCUUUUAUUGUCUUCUGUACCGCAGAUAAAGCAGACUGUUUACGAGGGCUUGUAGUGACAGGAGAAAGGGCAAUGUUUUAAAACUGAGAGAAAGUAGAUUUAGGUAGGAUAUAAGAAAGAAAAUUUUUAAUGAUGAGACACUGGAACACGUUGCCCAGAGAAGUUGUGGGUGUCCCAUCAUUAGAAAUGUUCAAAGUUAGGUUAGAUGGUGCUUUGGGCAACCUCAGCUAGUGGAAGAUGUCCCUGCCCAUGGCAGGGGAGUUGGACUAGAUGAUCUUUGAAUGUCCCUUCCAGCCUGAACUUCCAUGAUUCAGUGGCUUACCUGGUUUUCAGAUACUAGUGCUUUCAAGAAAAAUAAUAUUUAUAAAAAAGAAAAGAAAAGAAAAAAGUACUGGUUUCUUUGGUACCCCAAGCCUCCAUACUUUGAGCUUCUUGCUAACUAGUGGAUUUUUCUUUCAUCACAUAAAACAGGCCUUAACUGACGUGAUGAUAAUUGCUUAGAAAAAUCAAAUUCUAAGAUAUGGCACUUUGAAAAUCAUUUUGAUAGUUUCUACAUUUGAAUGGCAUGGUAAUGUUACCAUGAAUUAAGAAAUACAGCAUGUUCGUUGAGCUAUAACAUUUAAAAGUGUGUAAUUGUACAGAACUUCUGUUUUAUGUAUAUAUAACAUUUACUUGAGUACUUCAGAAGUCUGAUUCCUGGUAGAUUCAAUGCAUGACUACAGAUUAAGAUGAAGUACUUCUUUGCACUUCUUUCCAAAAAGUUUGAUAUAGCUGACAGGUGUUAGCUGAUUAUGUCGAUGACUAGAAAUGUCUUAGCAGUUUUGUUAUUUCACUACAUAAUUUUAAACUGUGCUUUAGCUCCUGUUACAUUUUUAAGGUACUUAGGUUUAUAACUCUCUUAAUAAUUCAGUUAGUACUGGUGAAACCACUAGUGAAAGCCUACUAGCAUCGAUUUUUAUUCUGAACUAGUAAAACUGAAAACUUCUAGUUCUUCCUUAUCUCUCUGUUAGUGGUAUAAUAGGAUUGAAUAUCAUAGAGACAGAUAAAAUUGCACAAAUCUUUAAAUUGAAUGAAAAAUUAGAUGAUAAAUGUCAUGGAGUCAUAGAAUGAUUCUUUUAUACUGUAUAUAAUUUUGUCUAUGGACUCUACGUCACAUUUACACUGAUAAUUAAGGCAGGUUAGGUGAAAAAAUAUGAAACACUUUUCUUUGACGAUGUUAAUCAGAAAAGAGGAUCCAGAUUACAUUUUUCCCUUCUUCCUCAGCUCCAUCUCCAAAUUAUUACUUAAAGAAAAAAAAGAAGAGACUGUCUUUACAGCAGAGUGAUGGUUUGGAACAAAAUGAUUAUAAAUUAUUCUUCUUGUAUGUUCACCACUUGCUUUAAGAUCACUUGAAUGCUUUAUUUUAAAAAACACCAAGAACAUGGCUGUAGGGGGAGUGGGCAAGAAUGUCGGUAAAAGUGUGAUUAUUAGGCACUGCAGCUUGAAGUUGGAUUAGCUAAAUUGGUAAAUAAGGAAACACCGUCCUGGGAAACCACAAAGUUUCUUCUGGGUAUUAUCAGAGGAUCGAAAGAGACCGUUUGGAGCUGCUUUUCAGUAUCAGUGUUCUGAACCAAACUUGUUCACUUGUCAGUGUAGAGAAGGCCACGCGGUAGGGCUGGAGUACCGGGUUUACCGUAGUGUUUAUAGCUUAGCUGUCGAAUGUAUGGCAUCCUCACGGGAUUAUUAUACCUGAGUACUGUAUAUUCACUUUUCAUUCAGGUCUUGUCUACGUUACGUGACUUCCGCUCCAAUUUCCCAUUUUGCCACUGGUUGCAGUGGGGGACCAGUACAGCCGGGGUCCGUGCCUCGGGCAGCGCUUCCACCGCGCGCCAACCAGGCUCGCUGGCUCCUGCUACAGACCCAUAAAAUGCUGGUGGCCGUAAUUUGUACUAAUAUUUUCACUGCUGCAAAAACUCCAGCAGCUUAUAGCAGUUUUAGCAAUUCCAGCUGCAGGUAAGGCCUCCUAAUACUUCUAAAACAUCUGGCUGAAAAAGCUAAUUGAGCAUUUAUUAAAGUGACUUAAAAAGUAGCUUUGUAAAUAUUCCAUGUAGUCAAUCUGAAGUUAGGAUGCAUUUUAAAUUAUUGUAAUCCUCUUAAAAUUCUUAAAUAUUACUUUCAGGUUCUUUACAUAACAUAAAUAAUUUUCAUAUGUGUAGACUUAAUUUUAUACUGAUUUUAAGUAAUAAUGUAUACAUAAAUGUGCCAUAGAUUUUGUGUGUUCAGUCUUUGAAAGAUAGUUUUUUAGUAAAUUGUAAAUAAUAUGAUGCAAGUUCCAGAACAAAUAUAUGUUAACCUUUUUUCACUACCUUAUGCUAGUUAAUAUUGAGUGGUUUAUUUUACAACCCAAUGUAGGAACUUGGAAUCAGAGCUUAAGGGCCUUCACUUAAGUGCACACCUAAUGGUAGAAGCUAAUUCUGUCACUAGGUACUUGCUUUUAGCCAUGGCAUGCUCAUUUUAUGUAUUAUUGUUUGUUCUACCUUCAGGUUUUGGUUGCCAACAAUUUAGGCAGGAAGUUGUUUCCUCAGAUAGUUGUGACAUUAAGUCUUUAGGAAAAAAAUCCUAGAAUUGUUCACAAUUUUAAGUCUUCAUUAUUAAACACCUAGAUUGAAAUCAAAGUUGCUUAGUGCACCUUUUGGAACAAAGUAGGAUUCAGGCUGAAAUACCUAAAUUGCUCCUAGACUUUUUGAAAAGAACUUUCACAAGCUUUGUGUACUCUAAUGAGCAAGAGAAUAUAAGAAUUGAGAGAAAUUUUGCAAGUCUGAGAGAACCCUCGUUCACAGAGUAGCCAUGUGUCCCUAGACGAAAGAGAUUUUAUCCAAAAUCUCCAAACUUGAGUCCGUCUGUGUUUAGUUUUUGUAAAGCAUAUUGUUUAGCUUGAGAACUUAGGUGAAUGUAGUUAAGUUUCACAUCCUUCAACUAAUUUUAUUCUAUAUUUAAUAUAUUAAUAGCCUAGGUGUAAAACCGUUUGUAUAUAGUGAAGGCAUAAUGCAAUUAGUGAAGUAGGAAGAGUGGAGUGGGAGCAUAAAGCUACCAGUGGCCUGAAAAAAUACGGCUUGGUCCAUAUUUUAGAAGUCACGACUGUUUAUUCAUACAUUCUUGAUUUAUACUGGGGGUUGGAUAGCUAUAAUGUGUUAAGAAAUUUUUGGAAAACUUUCCUAGCAUUAGUUGUGAAGUUGGCCUUGAAAUGCUGUCAUGGUCAGCUUCCUAGAAUUCACUUGUUUGUAGAGUAUAUAUUUUGACUGUCAGCAAAGAUAACAACUUUGUAUUUUUUCUGCACUUAAUUCAUGUAAUUGAUCCACACAACAGAGUUUUCUAUAAUAUGGUGAAGUCAACAAACGACGUAAUUACACCUACCUGUUAAUCUGUGCUUGAACUAUAUCAGUAGUUUUAUUUAAGCUGUCAGCAGCAAGCAGCAAGAAGCUGCAAAUUUUGAUCUUUUUGCUCAUUUGUAGUGGGAGAAGUGUUCAUCAGUGUUUUCAUUACAGAAAGCUUGUAGAAUUUUCUGUUUGUUGCAAAUCUAUUUCAAAAAGAUCCUUUUUUUUUUUUUUAGCUUUUGUGAAAGCACUCAUUGCUUACAAAUUGCAUGACAAGUUCACUGUGUGUCUCUAUUAUUUAGAUUUUUCCAUUAUUUAGCUUUUUUUUUUUUCCAGAGUUAGUGGUUCAGUUGGGAAAUGCUUGAAAAAUGAGUUUUAAGCACUUCAUCAAGCACAGCAAAUGGUUAAAAUUUUGUUUUUGGAAAAUUGAAUAUAUGUAACAUUAUCAAUUGAUUUUUUUUUCUUCGAAUAUAGAUACCUCACUUAAAGGAAAGCACAGUUAUACUGUAUUUAAAAUAAUUCUAGGAAAUAAUAAAAAGUUGGUCUAAAAUAUUUUGUUGCAGUUACGUUGCUUUCUGUGAUGGACAAAAUCUGUUUUUGUGUUUUCAUACUUGCUCUCAAAAGUAUUUAUUGAUGUUGACAUGCCAAUACGAUUAUCUUAAAUUCCAGAAAGUCGUUGCAAAACACCAGUCUGUUUAGCUCAAGGCAACAGGUUGGAUGACUAUUCCAAAACCAUAGUAAAAGCCUGUGAAAACGAUCAGUGCAUUCAAGGAUUUUUAAUACUUUGCCAAUGAUGUACAGUCUUACUGCUAGCGUUGCUGUGGUUGCAUUACAUGACACACAAAACUGUCCUCUACCUCACGUGAGAUUAACUGAUAUUUUAUAUGGUUUUAGUAAACAAGAGGCUUCUAUCUGGUCACUUAGUUUACAAAUUUUGAAUUAUAUUUAUUGAAACAUGACAUACUGUGCUCUGAGCUUAUACCUCAAUUGUAUUUUGUGCUGUUAUCCAUUUUCAUGCCGUGUAAAUACAUGUACAGAUUGUGGACUCAAAAACAAAUAAAAAACUGUAA